UUGGGGCUUCGGGCCCUGGGCUGGCCGAGGGGAACAUGGCGGUGUCCGCGCUGCAGCUGGGGGAACUGGCCCUGCACGGAGCUGCCUUCCUCUGCGGGGUGGUCUGCGCCUCGGCCCUGACUGUCACCCAGGGGGAGUUUGGUGGCCGGUGUAUCCUCUAUGGGUCCGUAGACAAGAACGGGACGGCCCUCGCUCUGUCUCACUUCAGCAACAUCUCCCUCUGUUACUUCGUCACUGCCAUCUCCAUCCUCAUCGCUGUGUACUGCUUUGCAGUGCUGCUCUACGGCAUCUACAGCUGCUGCAUGGACGAGAGGAGGUGGGAUCACACCUGGCUCACCGUGAACCUGGCAAUCUCUGCUGUGAUCCUUUUCUUCCUGCUGGUCUCGGCCUGCAUCCUUCGGGUUGGGAUGGACACUCUGUGCUCGUCCAUCCUCCAAACCAAACUUGUGAAAAGCUGCCAAGAGGCCCAGCACUCACAGUGGUUCCCACAGUAUAAUGCAGCGAGGUUCUACGACAAUCUCUACAGUGCUGAGGCAGCUGCCUGGGUGAACUUCUUCUUCUGGUGUCUGCUGAUGGUCCUGAUGCUCGUGCAGCGCAGACAGGAAGCCCCGUUCCAGCUCCUGCAGCGCAACGACCCCGAGUGGAGCUCCGAAACAGACGCCAUCUUUGGUGCCCGGCCACAGAGGCCAUGAGGAGACUGAGAGGGACAAGCAGCCUCAGUUUGGGCAAGGGGGGAAUGUGUGUGUGUGUGUGUGUGUGAGAGAGAGAGAGAGAGAGCGAGCGCACGCACGAAGGGGGGAGAG